AUGGCCGACUCAAACGGUUCACCACCACAAACCGUUCCUCAACGCGAUUCCUCGUUGCCUUCUUCUGAAAAGACACCUGAACCUCAUGUCGCGAAUGCAGCCAUUUCAGCAUCAGAGGACUUGACACCUGAACAGAAGCGCGCUCAAGCCGAAGACAGUAUCCAGCACACUGGUUUAUCAGAAGCGUUUAGCAAGAGUCAAGAAAAGCAUCGCACUGGUCAUUUAGCAACGGACCUUGGUACAAGUGACACGGCUCAAGUUAUGCAAGCGCUUGCAAACGCCAACGCCAAGCCUGUUGCUGAAGCCAAACAAGCGAGCGAUGAUGAUAAUGAGCCAAGUGCUGCUAUUGCUACCCCCAGCAACAAGACACCAGGAAGUUUUCCACCUGCCAGAGUUGGAUGGACAGCCUUUUCCACACUACCCAAUCCUGGAGAUGAAAAGACCAUGGAGGCUCUCAAGGAGACGUUUUCAACAGACGCGUUGGUGGACAUGUACAAAGGAUCACGUAACUCGGAUGGUUCGGAAACGCUUUCCAAUGACCUCCUCGCACAAUACCUCAACGAGUCGUACUACGGUGAAUGGUAUCACAACGCCGGCGUUAUGGUGUUUUCGGUGGUGUUUACGUGGUUGCUCACAAAGUUUGGUGGUGGUCUAAUGAUGUGUCUUGUCGUGGGUGCAUUUUUGGCAACCUAUUAUCAAACUUCGAUGCGUCGAUUGCGUCGUAAUGUUCGAGAUGAUAUUCAACGUGAACUUAUGAGCAACAAAUUGGAAACGGAUAUCGAGUCAGCUGAUUGGAUCAACCACUUUGUCUCUCGCUUUUGGCUUAUUUACGAGCCUGUACUCUCCGCUCAGAUUAUUGGCAUUGCUGAUGCUAUCUUGAUUGAGAACACUCCCUCCUUCCUUGAUUCGAUUCGCUUGAGCAGCUUCACUCUUGGUACAAAGCCCUUCCGCAUCGAUGGUAUCAAAACUUAUCCAAGAACGGAACCCAAUGUCGUGUGCAUGGAUUGGUCAGUCUCUUUUAUUCCCAACGAUGUCCUCGAUUUGACCCAACGUGAUCUCAAGUCCAAGGUCAAUCCCAAGAUCAUCCUCACCAUCCGUGUGGGCAAAGGCAUGAUUGGUGCUGGUAUGCCAGUGCUUUUGGAGGAUCUCGCUUUCAGUGGAACCAUGCGUCUCAAGUUUAAGCUCUUUAACGAGUUCCCUCAUGUCAAAACGGUUGAAGCCUCUUUCUUGGAAAAGCCCCAAUUCGAUUAUUCCCUUAAGCCUGUUGGUGGUGAAACAUUUGGUUUUGAUAUCAACAAUAUCCCUGGUCUACAGACCUUUGUGCAAGAGCAAGUGCAUGCAACGCUUGGUCCAAUGAUGUAUGCUCCCAAUGUAUACACUCUUGAUGUUGCUGGCAUGAUGGCAGGCACCACAGACCUUACAGCAGCCAAUGGAGUAUUGGCUAUCACCGUGUACAGCGCUUCGAAUCUCAAAGCCAGCGAUUUGUUCGGCAGCUUGGAUCCUUACAUCACUUUCCAUGUUGGCAACAUCCAUAAUGCUGAGCUUGGACGCACAACUGCUAUUGAAGAUACCAACAAUCCCAAAUGGAACGAGACCCACUUUUUGCUUCUCAACAACCUCAAUGAAUCCAUCUAUCUCGAAGUCAUGGAUAGAAACAGCAACCGCAAAGACACAGCUGUUGGUGUCGCCAACUUUGAUCUCAAGGAACUUAAUGAAUCCAACAACGUUGCCCAAGGUCUUAGCUUGGUGGUGUUGCGUUCUGGAAAGCCUGUGGGCGAAGUCAAAUGUGACAUGCACUACUUCCCUGUAUCCAAGCCUGAGAAACAAGAAGAUGGCACCAUUGUUCCACCUCCCGAUUCCAACAGCGGUGUGCUUCGCUUUACAGUGCACGAGUGCAAGGCUUUGGGUGGUGAUACUUCUCGAAGCAGUGGGUUCGGCCUUCCUAUCAUUGGCGGCAAGGAUGAUACCAAUGCCUAUGCUAUUGUGAGAGUGAAUGGUCAAGAAAAAUUGCGUACCAAGGUGUUCAAGCGUAGUGUCAAUCCUCGUUGGGACAAGUUUAUCGAAGUCUUUGUUGCCGACAAGACCAAGUUGGACUUGGGUGUCAAUGUCGUCAAUAGCAAGGAGUUUGUGGAUGACGAGGUGAUUGGAAGAUGGCGUUCAAGCUUGCUCAAUUUGGAGCAAGAGCAUAUCAAGGAUGGUGUUGACUGGUGGAACCUUAAGGAUGGUGCUGGUCAAAUCCAUUUGAGUGCCAUGUGGAAGCCUAUCGUCAUGACUGGAUUUGCAGAUGGUCUUGGUAGUGUUCAAUAUCGUCCACCUAUUGGUGUGGCUCGCCUUCAUUUCUUUGGUGCACGUGAUCUCAAGAACGUUGAAGCUCUCACUGGUGGCAAAUCCGAUCCUUACAUUCGUGUCUUGUCAGCUAUGCAAUUGCGUGGUGCAAGUGAGCGCGUUGAUGAUAACUUGGAUCCUGAUUGGGACCAUGUCAUUUAUGUCCCCGUUCACUCUAUGCGUGAAGAUUUGAUCUUUGAAGUCAUGGAUUACAACGACAUCCAAAAGGACAAGUCCCUUGGUCUCUACGAUUUUAUUCUCAAGGACAUCGUCAAGGAAGUAAAGACCGAGGAUGGUCAAGUGUACUAUGAGCCUACAGAGCCUAUUGACCAAUGGGUGGAUUUAAUGAGCCCCGAACGUCGUAAGGGCAAGGGUCGUUUGCAUUUCGCUGCUUCAUUCAUUCCAAUGAUGGAACUUCCCCAACCUGAAAAGAAAGAGGAGGAGGAAAAGAAAGAAGAAAACAAGGAGGAAGCCAACAAGGAUGAUGUCGCUAAUGGUCAAGAACCACCUGCAACUCCACCUGAGGAAGCUGACCAGCUUGCAGUUGCCGAUUUGCCCGAAUCAGAUCUUCAUGGCGAGCUUAUCAAGUACAAUGCGGAGAAAAAGAUCGAUUACCUUGCAUAUGAAUCGGGUAUUCUUACGGUCACUAUCCAUGGUGCCAAGUACAAGGAGCGUGUUAAGGGCUUUGCUGAAGUGCUUGUUGACUCCAAUGACCCACAAUGGCGUACCGCUCAAAUCAAGGGUGUUGAUUUACCUUUCAACGAAACCGGUGAUGCUUUUGUUAAGGAAAUGGACUUUUCUCGAGUCGUUGUGCGCAUUCGACCUAGCAGCGAUGAUGAUAAGGAUGAUUCAACAAUUGGUUACUUCACCAGCUCUGUGCGUGAUAUUGUGCGACGCAUCAUGGAAAAGACCGAUGAAGAAAAUGAGGAGGGUGAGAGCUACCGCUUGAUUGAUAGCGAUGGUGCUACUAUUCGCUUGAGCUUCAAGUUCACCCCUGUUGUCAACUUCAAAUUGGAUCCUAGGGAGAGCCUUGAGAACCAAGGAAACUUGACAGUGACACCUAUUCGUGCAAGCAACCUUCCAUCGGCUGAUCGUUCUGGUACCAGUGAUCCAUUUGUUGUCUUUUUGAUGGAAGAUGUCAAGGUUCACAAGACUGAAGUUUACAAGAAGCAACUCAAUCCUAAGUUCGAGAACGAGCAAUUCACUGUACCAGUUGCAAAUCGUAUUGGCGUCAAGCUUGUUGCUGAAGUGUAUGAUUGGGAUCAAAUUGGCAAGGACACGUUGCUUGGACGAUGUGAAGUGGCUUUUGAUGGAGAACAACUUGAGAGCUUUGCCGCCAAGGAUGUUGAAGCUUCGUUGGGUGGUGGUGCAACCAUUCGCCUUCGUAUGUUAUGGUCGCCACAACUUUUGGCUCGUAAACGCACUGGUACAACGCUUCUCAGCUCUACGACCAAGAUCUUUACUUCUGCACCAGGAGCCGCUUUUGGAGUUGGCAAGGAUGUUGUCGGUGCAGGUUUUGGUGCUGGCACCAAGGUGAUCGGCACAGGUGGCAAAGUCAUUGGUGGUGGUGUCUCUGCUAUUGGCGGCGGUGUCUCUGCUAUUGGUGGUGGCGUAUCUGCUAUCGGAAGCGGUAUUGGUAGUGGUAUUCGAGGCAUUGGUCGAUUCGGCAAAAAGGACAAGGCAAGCGAUGCAAGCUCAGAUUCAUCAUCCACCACUCCAGCUCCAGCUCCUGUUCCUACCACGAGCACCACAAGUACCAACCACGAUGGUAGAGCUAGCGUUGACUCUGGUGCUGUUCCAAGACAAUCCAUGGGUGAAGGCCAAGGUGGUGGAUUAACUGGUACAUUGAAUGUAUCAUUGUUGGGUGCCAGAAAUCUCAAGGCCAUGGAUCGAAGUGGUACAAGCGAUCCUUACGCACGUGUACGUAUGGGCAACAAGAUUGUUCACAAGACCCGUCAUGUGAAGAAGACAUUACAACCUGAAUGGAACGAAUCAUUCUCAGCACCUCUAAAUGGUGGUAGCUCCAUCCUCGACAUUAAAAUCAAGGACAAGAACACGCUCAACGAUGUUGAUAUUGGUGAUUGCUUUGUCAAUGUUGCCGAGUUAUUGCAAAACCAGAAUGUUUAUGAAGGAUGGUUGCCAUUGGAACCCCAAGGAACGGGUGAGGUACAUAUUCGAAUGGAUAUUUCUUCAGAUGGUGGCGACAAUGGCAGCUCGACUAGCCGUGGAUUGUUUGGCAGAAAGUAG